AUGCUAAAAAGUUUUUUGGAAAAAGAUUUUAUUAUCACCAAAGGUGAUCAAUAUGAUGUAAGGGAAAGUAUUAAUAAUGACAAUAACGCUAUUGACGUUAAUAAUAACAUAAAAGUGACGCGUAAAAUAAGAAAUUUUGGUAAGCCUGUUGACUUGGCACAAUCAGUUUUUGUACCUUUAACAAUUGGUGGUAAAGUAUCAAUUAGUAGUGAUGCUGUUUAUGCUAUAGAAAAAUAUUUGAAUAAUGGAUGUCCAGAAGAAACUACGCAUCAUAUGACCAAAACAAAGUAUCCGGGUCCAAAUAAAGAGAUAUGGUGUUGGUAUCAGUGUACGGUAAAAGGUGGUAAUGUUUAUCAGUUGGCUACUAUUUGUGAAAUAAUGGGAGCAGGAGGUACAAAUUCAGGUAUGAUUUGGAAUUGA